AUGGCUCUGGUAUUAGAAGAAGAAAGGCUUGCAACUGCCCUGCGCCCUCACUUCUACAGCGUUCCCUUCAUGGGAAUGGCUGGGUAUAUCCGUGGCUAUCUUGUGACUUUGACCAAACCUGGGUGUCGGAGCCUGAAACUGAGACACAAAGAAGUUAACAAGAGCCAGCAAGGGACAGGACCUGGAGUGCAGCCCAGAGGGUCUAACUCCAGAACCAGCACCACCAACUCAGGCACAAAGCUGCAGUUGCAGAGGGUGCUCUGUGAUCAGUGGCGGUCCUCGAGUUCCCCAGUCAGCUCGGCUGAGCCCAAAGACUCCCAUCUCUGCAUCUAGGGGCUCUCUUCUUCCCCCAUCCAUCACCAGGGCCCAGUGAUCGUGCCUGUCGAUGCCCAGCUCUCGCUUGAUGUCUCAGUUCCGGAACAGAGAUGCUCCAGCUGCUACCUGGGAAGGCUCUGGCCCCAAAAAUAUUUAGUUAGCAGCCAUUCAGUUAAGUGGAAUUGA